AUGGAUAUGGUGAUGGGUGAGCUAUCCAUUGUGCAAAAUGAGAAAGCUGUCUUGGAAAGUAAAUUAGAUGGUUAUGAAGAUGUUAUCGAGGAGGUUUCAACAUUAAAGGAAAUAGUGGCAUCUCUUGAGUUAGAAAAGACCGAGUUGGUGGACAAGAUAGCCAUGUUAGAGCAUGUUGUUCAAAAGUUGAAAGGCGACUUGAAUGAGUCCACCCUCCGAAAUAUGGACUUGAGAACUGGCUGCGAGAUGAUGAACACCGACUUCCAUAUGGAGUUUGAUUUUCCUUUGACAUAUGUUGAUCAGUUGCGUGCAUUAAUAGAUCGUGCAGGCGGUAAUGGUACUUCUAAAGUGGUCAUUGUGGGAAUCGCGUGUGUUGCAAAAGCAUGGCAUGUGGUAUGA